AUCUUUUAUAGUUUUUAAUUAUUAUUAUAUUUAUUUAUUAUUAAUUAUGGUUAAAUUUGGUUGAUUGAUGUUCAUCUCAAGUUUGAACUUUCACCUGAAACCCUUUAUCUCACCAUCAACAUAAUUGACCGGUUCCUCUCGGUUAAGGUUGUACCAAGGAGGGAGUUGCAGCUGGUUGGCAUGGGUGCCAUGAUUAUGGCCUCAAAAUAUGAAGAAAUCUGGGGCCCUGAGGUAAAUGAUUUAGUAUGCAUAGCAGAUAGAGCAUACUCACAUGAACAGAUAUUGGUCAUGGAGAAAACAAUACUGGGAAAGCUGGAAUGGACCUUGACAGUCCCUACACAUUACGUGUUUCUUGUUCGUUUUCUCAAGGCAUCCAUUCCUGAUGAAAAGAUGGAAAACAUGGUAUUCUUCCUUGCCGAGUUGGGUAUGAUGCAAUAUGAGGCCAUAAUGUUCUGCCCAUCAAUGGUUGCUGCCUCAGCAGUCUACGCUGCGCGCUGCACUCUGAACAAGAAGCCUGCUUGGACUGACACACUUAAGCAUCAUACCGGUUACUCAGAAGAACAACUAACGGAUUGUGCUAAGCUGCUGGCGCACUUCCACUCAAAGGCUGCAGAAAAUAGGCUUCAGGCCGUGUAUAGGAAGUACUCGAGCUCUCUACGAGAAGCUGUUGCGUUGCUUCAACCAGCUCAAUUUCUGAUGUCUCCUACUGCUGUGAAGAGCAAAGCUUAGGUUAUAUCUAGAAUCAUUGUUUAAAAAACAGUCACAAAGAAUCUUCCUUUGAUUUGGACAGUAACCUUUGUAGUUACUGGGGGAAUUAAAUUCAUUCGAUACUUUGAUGUGGUUAUGUUAGUAAUUGUAAGAUCAUUUCCCCUCAUAUCUUCUCCUCUCAAGAACAUGUUAAAAGUCUCUUUAUUGUGCAAUUUAUGCUUAUGGUAGUAGUGCAAAGAAAACAUUUAAGGGACU